AUGCUCCCUCAUUAAAAUAUAUAUUUAACAUAUUAGAUACUCCUAUAUCUGUGUCCUCAUAGGAAUAAUAUAUGGUUGAAACUAUAACCAAAAAAAGAUUCAAGAAUGGUCGUGCAGAAUAUGAAAUAAAAUGAUAAGGUUAUUCUGAAAAUGAAAAAACAUGGGAACCUAUUGAGAAUCAACUAUCUGUUAUGA